GGACCGGCCCCGGCCCCGCCUUUUCUCCGCCUCCUUCUCGCGAGGCUUCGGGGCCGCCUCGCGAGAUCUCGCCCGUCAGCCCGCCGAAGCACCCGGCUUUCCCCCCAACCCUGUGGCGAGUGAUUGGGACCAGGAUGGACUGGUUGUGAUUCCUGGCAGAGCACGAGGACAAGCACCCCCCCCCCCUUCCCCCAAGAUGAAAGUGGAUCGGACGAAGCUGAAGAAAACCCCCACGGAGGCGCCCGCUGACUGCCGGGCCCUCAUUGAGAAGCUGAAGGCGUGCGGUGAUGAGCAGCUGGUGGCUGAGCUGCAGCAGAUCAAGACAUGGAACAUUGGGAAGUGCGAGCUGUACCACUGGGUGGAUCUCCUGGAUCGCUUCGACGGGAUCCUGGCGGAAGCCGGGCGGCCGGUGGAGAACAUGUCCUGGAUGCUGGCCUGCGACCGGCCCGAGCGGGAGCAGCUCAAGGCCCUGCUCUUGGCUCUGCUCAACUUCACGGCGCUGCUCAUCGAGUACAGCUUCUCCCGGCACCUCUACAGCUCCAUCGAGCACCUCACGACGCUCCUGGCCUCCUCGGACAUGCAGGUGGUGCUGGCCGUGCUCAACCUGCUCUACGUCUUCAGCAAGCGCUCCAACUACAUCACCCGCCUGGGCUCCGACAAGAGGAGCCCCCUCCUGUCCCGCCUCCAGCACUUGGCUGAGAGUUGGGGAGGAAAAGAGAACGGAUUCGGCUUGGCCGAGUGCUGCCGGGACCUGCACAUGAUGAAGUACCCCCCCAGUGCCACCACCCUUCACUUCGAGUUCUACGCCGAGCCAGGCGUCGAGGUGAAGGUGGACAAGAGGGCCACCAGCACCACCCUACACUACAUCCACAUCGAGCAGCUGGACAAGAUUUCAGAGAGCCCCUCGGAGAUCAUGGAAUCCCUCACUAAGAUGUACAGCAUCCCCAAAGACAAGCAGAUGCUUCUCUUCACCCACAUCCGCCUGGCUCAUGGCUUCUCCAACCACAAGAAGCGGCUGCAAGCGGUGCAAGCCCGGCUCCACGCCAUCUCCAUCCUGGUGUACUCCAAUGCUCUGCAGGAGUCAGCCAACAGCAUCCUCUACAACGGCCUCAUCGAGGAGCUGGUGGACGUGCUCCAAAUCACUGACAAGCAGCUUAUGGACAUUAAAGCAGCUUCCUUACGGACCCUCACCUCUAUUGUCCAUCUGGAGCGAACCCCAAAGCUGAGCAGCAUCAUCGACUGCACCGGCACCGCUUCCUACCACGGCUUCCUCCCCGUCCUGGUCCGCAACUGCAUCCAAGCCAUGAUCGACCCCUCCAUGGAGCCCUAUCCCCACCAGUUCGCCACCGCGCUCUUCUCCUUCCUCUACCACUUGGCCAGUUACGACGCCGGCGGCGAGGCUUUGGUCUCCUGCGGCAUGAUGGAAGCGCUGCUAAAGGUGAUCAAGUUCUUGGGGGACGAGCAGGACCAGAUCACCUUCGUCACCAGAGCCGUGCGGGUGGUGGAUCUCAUCACCAACCUGGACAUGGCAGCCUUCCAGUCCCACAGUGGCCUCUCCAUCUUCAUCUACCGCCUCGAGCACGAGGUGGAUUUGUGCCGCUGCGAGUGCCCCUUCGUCAUCAAGCCCAAGGUGCAGCGUCCCCCUGCUGCCACCCUCCCUGAGGGCGAGGAGAUGGAGACGGACAUGGAAGUGACCGACGUGGCCAUGGAGAGCAGCCCUGGUCCCUCAGCUGAAGCCCGACAGGAGCCAGCCCCAUCCUCGAGCACCGCUGCUGUGCCCAGCACCAGCACUGCCACCACCUCCUCCCCACGCGGGGGAGUCCAGUGCAUCCCUCAGCGUGCCGCUCUGCUCAAAUCCAUGCUGAAUUUCCUUAAGAAAGCCAUCCAAGAUCCUGCUUUCUCCGAUGGUAUCCGUCAUGUGAUGGACGGCUCGCUGCCCACCUCCCUGAAGCACAUCAUCAGCAACGCCGAGUAUUACGGCCCCUCGCUCUUCCUCCUGGCGACCGAGGUGGUGACGGUCUUCGUGUUCCAGGAGCCUUCGCUGCUCUCCUCCCUGCAGGACAACGGCCUCACCGAUGUCAUGCUCCAUGCCCUCCUCAUCAAGGAUGUCCCGGCCACUCGGGAGGUGUUGGGCUCCUUGCCCAACGUCUUCAGCGCCCUUUGCCUCAACGCCCGCGGGCUCCAGUCCUUCGUGCAGUGCCAGCCCUUCGAGAGGCUCUUCAAGGUGCUGCUGUCCCCCGACUACCUCCCGGCCAUGCGGCGACGGCGCAGCUCCGACCCCUUGGGAGACACAGCCUCCAACCUGGGCAGCGCCGUGGACGAGCUGAUGCGGCACCAGCCCACCCUCAAGACUGAUGCCACCACUGCCAUCAUCAAGCUCUUAGAGGAGAUUUGCAGCCUGGGCCGGGACCCCAAAUACAUUUGCCAGAAGCCCUCGAUGCAGAAAGCGGAUGGGACAGCAACGGCGCCCCCCCCGCGCUCCCCCCAUGCUGCGGAGGAAGCCUCCAGUGAGGAUGAGGAGGAGGAGGAAGUUCAGGCCAUGCAGAGCUUCAGUGCUACCCAGCAGAGCGAGGCCGAGCCCAGCCAGCAGGUGGUGGGCACCGAGGAGCGAAUCCCUAUCCCCUUGAUGGAUUAUAUCCUCAAUGUGAUGAAAUUCGUGGAGUCCAUCCUGAGCAACAACACCACGGACGAUCACUGCCAGGAGUUCGUGGCCCAGCGGGGGCUGCGGCCCCUCGUCACCAUCCUGGGCCUUCCCAACCUCCCCGUCGACUUCCCCACGUCCGCAGCCUGCCAGGCCGUGGCGGGGGUCUGCAAAUCCAUCCUGACGCUGUCCCACGAGCCCAAGGUGCUGCAGGAGGGGCUGCUGCAGCUCGAGGCCGUGCUCUCGGCGCUGGAGCCCCUGCACCGGCCGAUCGAGGCGCCGGGGGGCUCGGUGCUGCUGCGGGAGCUGGCGGGGGCCGGCAGCGUCCCCGACGCCACGCUCUCGGCUCAGGCCACCCCCUUGCUGCACGCCCUCACCGCCGCCCACGCCUACAUCAUGAUGUUCGUCCACACGUGCCGCGUGGGGCAGAGUGAGAUCCGGGCCAUCUCCGUGAACCAAUGGGGCUCCCAGUUGGGCUUGAGCGUCCUGGGCAAGCUGAGUCAGCUUUACUGCUCCUUGGUGUGGGAGAGCACGGUGCUGCUCUCCCUCUGCACCCCAAAUAGCCUCCCCCCAGGCUGUGAGUUCGGGCAGGCUGACAUGCAGAAACUGGUACCCAAGGAGGAGAAGGCAGCCCCCAGCCCCCCCCAAGGGGGGAAGAGGGCAGAGGGUGAAGCAGAGACCCCGGUGCCGGGGGGCUCUGGGGGUGCUGGGGACCCCCCCCCAGCUCAGGGCCUAUUGGAAGGGAUGGGGCUGGAGAGCGAGGCUCUGGCCCCCAUGGAGACGGACGAGCCCAGCGCCACCGACCCCAAGGCCAAGGCCAAGAUCACCCCGGCCAUGGCCGCCCGCAUCAAGCAGAUCAAGCCCCUGCUCUCCGCCUCGUCGCGCCUGGGCCGGGCUCUGGCCGAGCUCUUCGGGCUCCUGGUGAAGCUCUGCGUGGGCUCCCCCGUGCGCCAGCGCCGCAGCCACCACGCGGCCGCCGCCGCGCCCGCCCCGACCCCUGCGGCCCGCGCCACCGCCUCGGCCCUCACCAAGCUCCUGACCAAGGGGCUGAGCUGGCAGCCCCCCCCCUACACCCCCACCCCGCGGUUCCGCCUGACCUUCUUCAUCUGCUCCGUGGGCUUCACCUCUCCCAUGCUCUUCGACGAGCGCAAGUUCCCCUAUCACCUCAUGCUGCAGAAGUUCCUGUGCUCGGGAGGCCACAACGCCCUCUUCGAGACCUUCAACUGGGCCCUGUCCAUGGGGGGCAAAGUCCCGGUGGCGGAAGGCUUGGAGCAUCCCGACCUUCCCGAUGGCACCGGGGAGUUCCUGGACGCGUGGUUGAUGCUGGUGGAGAAGAUGGUGAACCCCAGCACGGUGCUCGAGUCCCCCCACGCGCUGCCGGCCAAGGCCCCCACCCACGGCACCCCCCACUUCAGCGCCCUGCGCUUCCUCGUCGUCACCCAGAAGGCCGCCUUCACGUGCAUCAAGCAGCUGUGGAACCGGCGCCCGCUCAAGGUGUACGGGGGCCGCAUGGCCGAGUCCAUGCUGGCCAUCCUGUGCCACAUCCUGCGCGGCGAGCCCCUCAUCCGGGAGCGCCUGGGCCGCGAGCGCGAAGGGCCCCGCGCCGAGGAGGAGCCGGGCGCCGAGGAGGGGGGGCCCCGCAGGGAGCCCCAGGUCAACCAACAGCAGCUCCAGCAGCUGAUGGACAUGGGGUUCUCCCGGGAGCACGCUAUGGAAGCCUUGCUCAACACCAACACCAUGGAGCAAGCCACCGAGUACCUCCUCACCCACCCUCCUCCCCUCAUGGGGGGUGUCGUACGGGACCUGAGCAUGUCGGAGGAGGACCAGAUGAUGCGCGCCAUCGCCAUGUCCCUGGGCCAGGACAUCCCCAUGGACCAGCGGGCAGAGUCCCCAGAGGAGGCCGCGUGCCGUAAGGAAGAGGAGGAACGCCGCGCCCGCGAGCGCCAGGAGGAAGAGGAAGCCAAAUGCCUGGAGAAGUUCGAAGGGGCCGAGCCCUUGGAAGCCGCCGAGCUCCUGGCCUUCACCGACGCCAUGCUCCCGGGCUGCUCCCAGCUCCUGGAUGAGCUGCCCGACACCGUGUACCGCGUGUGCGACCUCAUCAUGACGGCCAUCAAGCGCAACGGGGCCGCCUACCGCGACUCCGUCCUCAAGCAGGUGGUGAAGCAGGUUUGGGAAGCAGCCGAUGUCCUCAUCAAGGCAGCCUUGCCCCUCACCACCAGCGACACCAAAACCGUCUCCGAAUGGAUCAGCCAAAUGGCCACGUUGCCUCAGGCUUCCAACUUGGCCACGCGGAUCCUGCUGCUCACCCUCCUCUUCGAGGAGCUGAAGCUGCCCUGUGCUCGGGUGGUGGAAUCCAGCUGCGUCCUCGAUGUCCUCAUCAAGCUGCUGGAAGUGGUGCAGCCCUGCCUGCAAGCUGCCAAGGAGCACAAGGAAGUGCAGACCCCCAAGUGGAUCACCCCUGUCCUCCUGCUCAUUGACUUCUAUGAGAAGACGGCCGUCUCCUCCAAGAGGAGGGCUCAGAUGAACAAGUACCUGCAGGCGAGCGGCAACAACUGGCGCUGGUUCGACGACCGCUCCGGGCGCUGGUGCAGUUACAGCGCCAGCAACAACAGCACCAUCGACGCGGCGUGGCGCGCCGGGGAGCCCAGCGUGCGCUUCACCGCCGGCCGGCGCCGCUACACCGUGCAGUUCACCACCAUGGUGCAGGUGAAUGAGGAGACGGGCAACAGGCGGCCGGUGAUGCUGACGCUGCUGCGCACCCCCCGCAAGGCCGGGAAGGAUGGGGGGGACCCGGAGAGGGCGGCCGAGGAAAACCGGGAUGCGGAGGGAAGGGGCAAAGAGGAGCCCCCUGCCCCAGAGGCCCCCCCCGAGGACGACGCUUCCGCCGCCGCUCCUUCCUCUUCCUCAUCCUCUUCGCCAUCGCCCUCCUCGUGCUGCCCGUCCCCGGAGGAGCCGCCGGUGAAGGGGCUGGCGGAGGAGGCGGUGCCGGCGGUGCUGCGGGCCUGCGUGAGCAUGCUGGGGGUGCCGGUGGACCCCGACACCCUGCACGCCACGCUGCGGCUCUGCCUGCGCCUCACGCGGCACCACAAGCACGCGCUGCUCUUCGCCGAGCUCCGCAGCACCAGAACCAUCCUGGGCCUGACGCAGAGCUCCGGCUUCACCGGCUUCACCCCACUCGUCACCCUCCUCUUCCGGCACAUCAUCGAGGACCCCUGCACCCUGCGGCACACCAUGGAGAAGGUGGUUCGCUCGGCAGCCACGAGCGGUGCCGGCAGCACCACGUCGGGGGUGGUGUCGGGCAGCCUGGGCUCCCGGGAGGUGAAUUACAUCCUGCGGGUGCUGGGCCCCGCCGCCUGCCGCAGCCCCACCGUCUUCACCGAGGUGGCCACCGGCUGCAUCCGCAUCGCCCUGCCCGCCCCCCGCGGCUCCGGCACCGCCUCGGAUGAUGAGUUCGAGAACCUGCGCAUCAAAGGCCCCAACGCGGUGCAGUUGGUGAAGACGACGCCGGUGAAGGCCUCGGCGCUGCCCGUCAUCCCCGAGCCCAUCAAGGACGUCAUCUACGACAUGCUCAAUGCCCUGGCAGCCUACCAUGCCCCCGAGGAGGGGGACAAGGGGGACCCCAAGAGCGCGGCGCCCUCGGAGGUGAGCCAGCUGCUGUCGGACAUCGGCGACGACGUCUACCAGCAGUACCGGAGCCUCACGCGCCAGCCCGGCGACUUCGACCCCCCCUCCGGCUUCGCCAUCAACGCUCAGGUCUUUGGUGCUGAUGGAGCUGCCGCGGAGACGCCGCCGUCGGGGACGCCGCAGGGGGAAGCAGCCAGCCCCGAGGAAGGCCGGGAAGGGCGGAAGGAGAAGGAUGGGGAGCGGGGCGAGGAGCGGCAGCGGGGGAAAGCCUCCAAGCCCCUGAUGCCCACAUCCACCAUCCUGCGGCUGCUGGCCGAGCUCGUGCGCUCCUACGUGGGCAUCGCCACCCUCAUCGCCAACUACAGCUACACCGUGGGGCAGAGCGAGCUCAUCAAGGAGGUGAUGGCGAGGGACACCCCCCCCACGCACCCCAUAGGGACAGAAGAGG